AUGUCUGUCGAAGGAGAAUCGCUUUCUUUGUUUCUGCCUUCUUUUUUAUUCGUUUUCUUCUUCUUCUUCUUCUUCUUCUUCUUCUUCUUCUUCUUCUUCUUCUUCUUCUUUUAUUCCUUCUUCAAUAAACUUCCUUUUCUUUUUUCUUUUCUAUUUCUUCAACCGCUUUUAUCUCUUUUCUCCAGUCUAUUUCUCAUUUUCCCCAUUCUUCUUCUUCUUCUUCUUCUUCUUCUUCUUUCUUCUUUCUUUUUUAUUCCUUCUUCAAUAAACUUCCUUUUCUUUUUUCUUUUCUAUUUCUUCAACCGCUUUUAUCUCUUUUCUCCACCUAUUUCUCAUUUUCCCCCAUUCUUCUUCUUCUUCUUCUUCUUCUUCUUCUUCUUCUUCUUCUUCUUCUUCUAUUCCUUCUUCAAUAAACUUCCUUUUCUUUUUUCUUUUCUAUUUCUUCAACCGCUUUUAUCUCUUUUUCUCCAGUCUAUUUCUCAUUUUCCCCAUUCUUCUUCUUCUUCUUCUUCUUCUUCUUCUUCUUCUUCUUCUUUUCUUCUUUUUCUUCUUUAUUCCUUCUUCAAUAAACUUCCUUUUCUUUUUUUCUUUUCUAUUUCUUCAACCGCUUUUAUCUCUUUUCUCCAGCCUAUUUCUCAUUUUCCCCAUUCUUCUUCUUCUUCUUCUUCUUCUUCUUCUUCUUCUUCUUCUUCUUCAGCCACUUUCUUCUUUUAUCCCUUCUUCAAUAAACUUCCUUUUCUUUUUUUUUUUUCUAUUUCUUCAACCGCUUUUAUCUCUUUUCUCCAGCCUAUUUCUCAUUUUCCCCAUUCUUCUUCUUCUUCUUCUUCUUCUUCUUCUUCUUCUUCUUCUUCAGCCACUUUCUUCUUUUAUUCCUUCUUCAAUAAACUUCCUUUUUCUUUUUUUUUUCUAUUUCUUCAACCGCUUUUAUCUCUUUUUCUCCAGCCUAUUUCUCAUUUUCCCCAUUCUUCUUCUUCUUCUUCUUCUUCUUCUUCUUCUUCUUCAACAACUUUCUUCUUUUAUUCCUUCUUCAAUAAACUUCCUUUUCUUUUUUCUUUUCUAUUUCUUCAACCGCUUUUAUCUCUUUUCUCCAGUCUAUUUCUCAUUUUCCCCCAUUCUUCUUCUUCUUCUUCUUCUUCUUUCUUCUUUUAUUCCUUCUUCAAUAAACUUCCUUUUCUUUUUUCUUUUCUAUUUCUUCAACCGCUUUUAUCUCUUUUCUCCAGUCUAUUUCUCAUUUUCCCCCAUUCUUCUUCUUCUUCUUCUUCUUCUUCUUCUUCUUCUUUCUUCUUUUAUUCCUUCUUCAAUAAACUUCCUUUUCUUUUUUCUUUUCUAUUUCUUCAACCGCUUUUAUCUCUUUUCUCCAGUCUAUUUCUCAUUUUCCCCCAUUCUUCUUCUUCUUCUUCUUCUUCUUCUUCUUCUUCUUCUUCUUCUUCUUCUUCUUCUUUCUUCUUUUAUUCCUUCUUCAAUAAACUUCCUUUUCUUUUUUCUUUUCUAUUUCUUCAACCGCUUUUAUCUCUUUUCUCCAGCCUAUUUCUCAUUUUCCCCCAUUCUUCUUCUUCUUCUUCUUCUUCUUCUUCUUCUUCUUCUUCUUCUUCUUCUUCUUCUUCAGUCGCUUUCAUUUUUCUUCUUUCUUCUUCAAUCGCCUUCAUCUUCUUUUACAGGCUCUUUCUUUUUCGUCUUCCUCUUCUUCAGUCGCUUUCUUCUUUAUUUCUUUCUUUUUCUUUUUUCACUUCUUUUUCAUCUUCUUCAGUCACUUUCUACUUCUUCUUUAGCCGUUUUCUUCUUCUACUUAUUCUUCAGUCGCUCUAUUCCCUGCCUUCUCAUUCAACAGCCGUCUUCUUCUUCUUCAGUCGCUGUUUUCUUUUUUCCUUCUUUUUCAAUCGCCUACUUCUAUUUAUUCUACGUCUUCUUCUUCUUCUUCUUCUUCUUCAGUCACCUUUUUCUUCUUUUUCUUUUAGCCACUUUCUUCUACUCAGUCGCUAUUUUCUUUUGUUCCGUCUUCAUCUAUUGCUUUCUGUUCCUUCUUUUUCCGCCGCUUUUUCUUUCUUUUUCCUUCUUCUUUUUCAGUCGCUUUUUUCUUUUCUUCCUUCUUUUUCAAUCAUUAUCUUCUUCUUCUUCUUCAAUAGUUCUUUCCUUUCCUCUUCAAUCUCCUUCUUUUUUUCUUCUUUUUCUUCCUCUGUGGCCACUCUUCUGCGUCUUCUUCUUAACCAGUUUUUUUUCAUUUCUUCAUCAACCGCCUUCUGCUUCUUUUUCCGACGCUUUUCCCUUCAUCUUUUUCGGUUGCUUUCUUCUUCUUCUUCUUCUUUAUCUUCGUACACAUUUUUAUUCUUCUGCUCCUCUUCCUCCUCCUUUUUCUUCUUCAUUUUAAUUUUCUCCUCCUCUUCCUUUUUCUUCUCCCCUUCUUCUCCUCCUCUUCCUCCUUCUCCUCUUUUUUCUUCUUCUUUAUUUUAUUCUUCUUCCCCUCUUCCUUUUUCUUCGCCUCCCCUUCUUCUUCUUCUUCUUUUUCUUCUUCUUCUUCUUCUCCUUACUGCUUAG